AGGCAGCAGAGCAGGGACCCCAAACCAGAGCCCCGGGACCCCCCCGGGCCCUGCAGCCCCUCCCGGGGUCAGAGCAGGCACUGGCAUGUGGCAGGUGUGACCUGCCCACCUGUGCAGCUCCCAUGGAGCAGGGGCAGCCCCAGGAGGCCCUGCUGACUGUCAACGAGCAGGUGAUUGUCAUGUCCGGCCAUGAGACCAUCCGGGUGCUGGAGGUGGGGGUGGAUGGGGACCCCAAAACGGCCGGGGAGGGAGCGGGGGGGUCCCCGGCACAGGGGGGCCCCCCAGGUGUGGAGGACGCUCCCUCCAGCACCCCGAGCUCGUCCGGAGGGGAGGUGGCAGGUAAAGCCAAGGCAGAGUCGCCCCCCGCCGUCCCCUCGAGCCACGCCCCCAGCCAGCCCGGCGUGACCCACCUGGCCGUGCAGGCCACGCCGCAGGUGUUGGCUCAGGAAAGCUUAGCCACAGGUGUGACAGGAGUAAUGGUUCCGGCAGGGACAGUUACUCAACCUCUUCUUAUCCCCAUCAGUAUUGCAGGUCAGGUGACAGGCCAGCAGGCGCUGGCCCUGGUGACAAUUCCCACAGCAACGCUCGCCGCGCUCCCGGGACUGACGCCGGCGGCACCUGCGGGGGCGAUUUUCAAACCGCCCGUAGCCAACCUGGCAGCCGCCGCCGUGCUCAGCCCCGCGCCCCGCGCCCCCCCGGCGCAGCCCCCGCUGCUGCCCCAGCCCUCCCCGGCGCCCACGCCCCCGAAGGAGCCCCCGCUGGCCGUGCAGCCCCCGCUGGCCGUGCAGCCCCCGAUCGCCGGACUGGCCUUGAACCCCGGCAUACUCACGGCGGCUCUGGGGGUGCAGCCGCAGAUCCUGGGGUCCCUCAGCGCCCCCCCCGUGAUCUCCAGCCCCCUCCCCAGCGUCCAGGGGAUCCCGGGGCAGCUCCUGACCAGCGCCCAGGGCCAGGUGAUCGGGACCCUGCCGUGGGUGGUGGCGCCCCCCGCGCCGGCCCCGCCCAGCCUGCAGGUGGCGGCGGUGACCCCGCAGCUGCUGCUCAACGCGCAGGGCCAGGUGAUCGCCACGCUGGCCACGGGGGCCACGCUGGCCACCGCCCCCCCCGCGCCCGCCCCCAGCAAGAAAAACGGGCCUGCAGAGCCCCCCAUCAAGAGCGAGGUCCAGCCCAUCCAGCCGGCCCCGCCCGGGCCGGGCUCCAGCCCCGUGGCCAAAGUGUCCCCGGCGCCGGCGCCCGUCAGCUGCUCUGAGACCCCCACCGUGAGCCAGCUGGUGUCCAAGCCCCCAGCACCCCCCAGCUCGGAGGAGGACGGGAUCAACCUGGAGGAAAUCCGGGAAUUCGCCAAAAACUUCAAACUGCGGCGCCUCUCGCUGGGCCUGACCCAGACCCAGGUGGGGCAGGCCCUGACUGCCACCGAGGGGCCAGCCUACAGCCAGUCUGCCAUCUGCAGGUUCGAGAAGCUGGACAUCACGCCCAAGAGCGCGCAGAAGCUGAAGCCGGUGCUGGAGAAGUGGCUGCGGGAGGCGGAGCAGCGGCAGCGGGAGGGGCAGCAGCACCUGCUGGAGUUCGUGGGCGGCGAGCCGGGCAAGAAGCGCAAGCGGCGCACGAGUUUCACGCCGCAGGCGCUGGAGGCGCUGAACGCGCACUUCGAGCGCAACGCGCUGCCCACGGGCGCGGAGAUCACGCGCAUCGCGCAGGAGCUGCGCUACGAGCGCGAGGUGGUGCGCGUCUGGUUCUGCAACCGCCGCCAGACGCUCAAGAACACCAGCAAGCUGAACGUGUUCCACGUGCCCUGAGCGCCGUCUGUCCGUCCGCCCGCCCGCCCGCCCGUCCGUCCGUCCGUCCGUCCGUCCGUCCGCCGCGCUGCCCGAACCUGGACCCGCCCAAGCCUCCAGCGCCCGCAGCCGGGAGCGCUGCGAGCUCCCCGUGUCACCCCGGCCUCGGCCGCUGCUUCUGGCCCCGGGCCACCCCCACACCUGCACCUGUCCGGGCCCUCACCUGUGUCCACCCUCACCUGUGUCCAUUCUUACCUCUGUCCAUUCUUACCUCUGUCCAUUCUUACCUGUGUCCAGAUUCUCACCUGAGUCCACCCUCACCUGUGUCCAGAUUCUCAUCUGUGUCCAGAUUCUCACCUUUGUCCACCCUCACCUGUGUCCAGAUUCUCACCUGUGUCCACCCUCACCUGUGUCCACCCUCACCUGUGUCCACCCCCACCCUGCCCCUCACUGACUCCCACAUGCCCUAAACUGGGAGCACUGGGAGCUCCCCCUGUGUCUCCCCAGACCUCCAGCCAGCAGCACUUUGGCCACUGGUUCUGUCCCUGGGUCACCAGCUCCCUGCACCACCACACCUGGACUUGUGUCCACCCCACCCACACCUGUGCCCACCACACCUUGACCUGUGUCCUCACCUGGACCCAUGUCCGACAUUCAACGUCUUCCACUCAAUCUGAACUGGGAGCACUGGGAGCGCCCCAGUUCCCACAGUCCCCCCCGACCACCUGCCAUCAGCACUUUGGCCACUGAAUUUGUCCCUGUGGCCACCCCUGUGUCCCUGCAGCCCCAUCCCUGUGCCCACCCCCACUGUGAACUGGGAGCACUGGGAGUCCCCUCUGUGCUCCCACCAGUCACAGCCCCUUGGCCUCCAGCCAGCAGCACUUUGGCCACUGGUUUUGUCCCUUUGGCCACUGGUUUUGUCCCUUUGGCCGUGGAUUUUGUCCCUCUGCCCCGUGCCUGUGCCCACCUGUGCCUGUGUGUGUCCUCCCGUUCUCAUCACAUGAGGUGUUGAUGUCACCUUGUUAACCUGUGACACACCUGGUGACAGACCCCCACCCCGAGUGUCACCCACCCAAAAUUUGUGAUUUCCAUUUUUCUGGGUUUUGCUCUUUUUCCUGUGUUCCUGAGGCCGUGUCGUGGCUCACCAGGGGUGACCCCAAAUUUCUGUCACCCCCACGCUGGUUUUGCCUCAUGAGGGGCUCCUGGGGGUGAUCCCCCACCCUGGGGACGUCGCGUGGGUGGAUUCUGGGGACAUCACCUCCGGGUUUGGGGGGUGUGAACCCCAGAACAGAGGCAGCGCCCCUUUUCCCCCUGCCCUGUGCCUGGGGGGCUCCAGCCGCUCCGGGGAGCGAUGGGAGGGGGAGAUUUGGGGGGCACGGGGGCGCCCGCUGGGGCCGCGGCAGACUGAUGCACUUGAUGUAGUGGUGUGAAAUAAACAGUAUUUUUCUUU